AUGGCUGAUACGGCCAUGGCAGAUGCACCACCGGCCGCAUCCUCUACUCCCUUCUCAUUACGGCCUCGAUUCAGAAUCUCGGACCUCCCUCUCGUCAAAGAGCAACGAUCCACCAUUGAUGCGCUCCUCCUCAAGUUCAAGAAGAAAGGUGGCUACGACAGCCUUCGGAAACAAGUUUGGGCUUCCUACAAUACGUCCGAUGCGAAAACCGCGCUUACAGAUCAAAUUCAUGCCAUUGCGGAAGCGGAAAUUGAAAAGGACCCAAAUUUGCUCAGUCGAGAACGAGGCAAGGCAGCCACCUUGAUCCAAGGCGCCGUAGACCGGAGCGGCAUAUACCAGGAUGUUGAGUCCAGAAUUGAUCAGGAAAUUGCGAGACAUUUGAGCACCGUGCUGGAUGCCGUGCGUGACAUUCGCAGGGAAGACGUCGGGGCUGAGGUAGCAGCUGAAGAGGAGCAGCGAGGCGGCAAGUCCGAUGAACAAUACACGGCCGAGACUCAAAGCCGAGCUGCUGAAAGAGAGAGGAAUAGGGCUCGCAUGGAGCAGUUGCUACGUGACACGGCGGAGUUGAAGGCCAAGAUCAAGCUGGAAGAGGACCGGAUGCGGAAGAAAGACGAAGCAAAACGCGAAGAAGAGGAGAAGAAGAAACGUGAAGCAGAGGCAGAAGAGAGACGCAUUGAACGCGAGAAGCGACGGAAGGAGGAAGAAGAGCGAGAAGCCGAAAGGAUCAAGGCUCGAGAUGAGAGACACAGAAAGCGCGAGGAAGAGAGAAAAGAGCGGUAUGCACGGUACGAGAAGGAGCGGGAUAAGGAAAGAGACCGCGACCGUGACCGUGACCGUGACCGUGACCGCGACCGCGAACGCGACAAAGAUCGUGACCAUGAACGAACAAGUGGCAAGAGCACCGAUCGGCGAGAUUCGAUUGCAGGAUCAAUGACGGCCAAAGAUGUUCAAACGGACGAGAAGGAUUUAGAGGCCACCGCUCUCGAACUCCUUCUGAGUGAAGGCAAACAAAUGGCAGAAAAGUCCAAGCAAAGACACGAGUACAACUUCGACAAGUCUGAAAUACACGACAGCUCGCGCAAACAUGUCCCAUCAGACCGAUAUUCCCGGAAGAGAGACAGAUCUCGAGAGAGCUACAAACGCGAAUCCGACCGACGAAGUAAAUCCCGCGACAGAAGGCCAUUGGUCCAAGAGAAAGAAAAAUCCGAGCAACCGCGCCGCAAAAGUCCGAGCAAAGAACGCGAGGAGGGCGAAGCUCAAAGCCAGCGUAAUUCACCACCUCCUGAUCCUGACAAACGUGCUGUAUUGACCGCUAUGUCCCUGGGGGCGGUGUCCAUCGUACUGAGGAAGAGCGGGAACGUGAUCGACAAAGACGUCAAGUCCGAGAUCAGGACAAAGAUCGCGACCGAGAACCGAGGAGAAAAUACGACAGCCAUCGCAGUGAUAAGGACCGAGGUAGAGAGGGAGACCGUGACCGCCCGCGUGAGCCCGAGCGCGAUCGCGAAGGUGGAGAUCGUGAUCGAGACCAUGACCGAAGAGAUCGGGAUCGUGAGCGCGACCGCGACCGCGACCGCGACCGCGACCGGAACCGGUCAAAGGAAAGAGAUAGGGACAGAGAUCGGGACCGAGAUAGGGACCACGACCAUGACCGUGAUCGUGAGCGAGAUAGGUAUCGAGAGCGAGAGCGGGAUCGUGACCGAGACAGAGACAGACAUCGCGAUCGCGAGAGAGAUCGUGACCGUGAUCGGGAUCGAGAUCGAGACAGGGACAGGGACCGAGACCGCUCGAGAGAUCGGGACCGACGAGAUCGAAGUCGGCGUCGUGAUGAUCGACGAGACGACCGCCGAGAUGAACGAAAAGAUGACCGUCGCGAAGACCGCCGUGAAGACCGCCGCGAAGACCGACGCGACGACAGAAGACGUGAAAGAGAUAGAAGUGAUGUCCGCCGAGACCGCGAUCCUGUACCUAUUGACCGGCGCGCAUAGGGGUGGGUCGUUUGAUAGAUGA